GAGAGUGCCUCGGCGGAGGACGGGAGGGGUUGUUGUGGGUCCCUGCUCUGAGCUGCGGGCUGCUGUGCGAGGAGUGCGCUCCGCAGCGCUGCCGGCUGCCUCCGCUGGGCCUUGCGGCUGCUGUUUCAAUGGAUUUUACAAGUCCCCCACUAUCUUUAAAAGAUAAUGGCUUUACUAUGUUACCACCCACUGACCCUUUCAACUCCUCAAAAGAUGAGUUGGAAAGACUUGAAGAAGAACUGAAGAAAUGGAAGAAAAGAGUUGAAGAAGCUGAGAAAGCAAAAACUGACCUUCUUCUCCAUAACUCAAGUGCAAUGGAAGAAUAUGCUGAAGCACAGGAUGGACUGAUAAAACUAAAGAAUUUACAAGAGAAACAGCAUAAGGAAGCUACUAUGUGUAGGGACACCCAUGAGAGAGAACUUUAUGUACUAAACCAAGAAAACGCUGAGCUGAAGAGAGAGAUUGAAAAGCUCGAAGAAGACCUUGCAGAAUGUAGUUUAAUGCUUUCACGGUAUAGCCAGAUUAAUAAAGAGGUAGCAGAAAUGAAAAUGAAGUUCACUCACAUGGAAGAGACGAAGGAUAAUUAUCAAGACAUGAAUACUCACUGUGUUUUCGAUGUAACUACAAAAAUCCCAUUCAGACUGGAUGAAAACCAGGUGCUGCUUACUUUUGAAGACAAAGAAGGCAAAGGAAGAAUACACAGAAAACCAUUCACUAUUAUGAUACCAAUCAGCAGAAAAAAGUUCUUGCAAGUACUCUGCAUGUUUUUGUCAUAUUGCCAGAUUUCUGCUUUUAGCUAAUACAAAUAAUACUUUGUGUUUGAAAUUGGGAAUAUGUUUCUACCUCAGAGAGUGUUGUCAAGAAUGAUUAAGAAUGUUUUGACAGCAGAAUUUGCUUUUUUUCUUUACUCUGGGCAGUACCUUACUCUGACAGCAGUUAUGUUGGUUAAGUGAACACAGCAGGUGAUGGGUAGAUCUGAGACAUCAGAUGGAUGGUGCAGUCUUGCCUGCUUCCUGCUGAGAUGCUUGUUGUUUGGGAAGCCUGCAGGCACUCUGCCUGGGCCUGUUUUGGUGGUGGGUAAUUCAGUUAU